UAAAUAAAUAUAUAUAUGCAUAUAUUCAUACGUAUAUAAAAAAGAUAUUAUUUAUAUCUAAUAUAUUAUUUAUUUAAAAUGAUAUUUGUUUUUAAAUAGAAAAUUUAAAAAAAAUUAAAGUUUAACAUAAAACAUUUUGUGAUUUUACAAAAUCUGUUAUUUAUCGUGAUAAAUAAAAUUAAUUUUAUAUUUCUAACCUUAAAAUUGAAAUAUAAAUAUAAGUUUUUAAUAAAAAAAACAAUACAAUAUUAUUUAUUUUCUAUAAAUAAUAAAAAGUUAAUUAAAUAACUCAUGCAAAAUAAUAAUUAUUGUGUUUAUUAAUACUUUUUUAUAAAAACAUGAAUAAUUUAACAGAUGCACAUUGGUUUCCUUUAACAUCACAAGGAAAUAUUUAUUCAAUGACAAAAUUGUGUUCUGCCAAUGGUUCUAAUAAAGUUCUAGUAGCUUCUCUAAAAAGAAAAAUAUAUUCCUGUGAAUAUCAUUUAAUGCCAAAUUUACAUUUAAGACCAUUGGUUAAAGAAUUACUUUUUACAUAUAUUCCUAGUGGUGCAGAAAUUAUAUCUAUUGAUGCUUAUAAUAAGAUUGAUAGUGGUGAUGGAUUUGUAAUAGGAAUAACUAUUUUAAAGGCAAGUACAGAUACGUCUGUAGAAAGAUAUUUAAAUAUAUAUACAGAAGGUGCUAUAGAUGGAGAAGGAGAUGAAGGAAAUUCAAUUGAAGCUAUAGCACAAAAUUGCCUUAUGGUUGAAUUACCAUAUACACCAUAUCACUUAUAUCAUACAAUAUUACCACAACAAAAUGCUCCUAAUGAGGUUGUUUGGUUACUCUCUGGUAGUGAUUAUAAAAUACAUAUGAUCAGAGAAGAUAAAUUAAAUCACAGUUACAGUGAAUCAUCUAUUGAAAAAUAUUUUCCUGAAUUGUAUGAUAUUCAAGGAAUUGCAAUAUGGAUUAAUAUUUAUUAUUAUGAUAGUUAUAAUUGGAGAUUGACAGUAAUUGGUUGUGAAUGUGGUUUAGUCAAUGUAGCUAUAAUUAAUAUUCCGGAAUUAAAAAUUUGCCAAAGUUGGAAAUUAAGAUAUGAUAAACCUAUCUGUAGUGUAUCUAUUUUUCCACUACAAAAUAAUAUUGGAAAACCUUCUUUUAUUAAUUCUAAAAAUUCCAAAAUGUUUUUAAAUGGUCAAGAAAACAAAUUAAAUGUUCUUAUUGUAAAUACAAAUAAUGCAAUUGUUUUUAUGGAUAUUCUAAAUAAUGGAAUGAAUGAAGAUAUAAUAUUAAAUGGUAGUGAAACAAUUGAUUGCAUUUUAUGUUCUUGUGUUGCCGAUAUAAAUAUGGAUGGUCAGAAUGAAAUACUACUGGGAACUUAUGGUCAAGAAGUUCUUAUUUUUUAUUUCAUAAAUAAUACAUGGGAAUUGAUAAUUAGAAAAUUAUUUGAUGCUCCAGUACAUUCUAUAUGUUAUAUGGAUAUUACUAAUGAUGGAAUGAAAGAACUUAUUGUUCUUACACAACGUGGAGUGCAUAUAUUGCAGCAUAAUAUUAUAGAUGUCAAAGAUAAAUGGAAAAAACGAUAUAAAAAAUUUCUUGAAAAAGAAUGAGGUACAAUUCAUUUUUUUAAUCAUUAUUAAAAAUAUUAUUUAAUAUUAAAUCUUUAUUUAUCUAAGGAUUUGUGAAAAUACAAUAUUAUAAAAUAUAAAAAUACACAUUUAAUAUUAUAUAAGUAUAUAUAUAUAUAUAUAGUAUAUGUAUAUAUUAAUAAUACUAAUAAAAAAAAAUAACAGAAAAUUUAUUUUUAUUGUUAUUAUAAUUAUAAACUUGAAUGAUAUUAAUAAAUAAAAUUAAAGAAUA